AUUCAUUGCAUUCCUCUUACAACCACAAGCAAAAUUAAUGGGACAGCCCAGGAACAGAAAAGUGGGAGGGGCUCAUUCCAUAUAGAGCUCUUUUAUCAGCCAUGUGGAGUUGGAAACCUACUACUGUCAUCCUUCCAAGGCUCUUACAGUUGACAGGGUUGGGGCCCUGUGUAGCUGGUUCACACAGAGCUCUGUCAUGUUGUUACUCUACGAUAGCACAAGUACAAAGAGAGGCUUCUACACCAUCGGCACCACAACCAAGGGACUUCCAUGGCUGUAUGCAAAUGAUCAAGACGAGCCCCAUGAAGCUCAAUCUUGUUGCUAAGUUGAUAAGGAGGUUGCCGAUUGGUCAGGCACUGGCGCAGGUAGAAUUUUGUGAGAAGAAAGUUGCAGAGCAUGUUAAAAUGGUAUUGACUGACACUCAAAGAAAAUCAGUGAUACGUCAUAAGGUUGCGCCUCUCAAUCUCUGGGUUGCCGAGUCGUUUGUUGGUAAAGGUCAGUACAAGAAGAGCAUACGUUAUCAUGGCAAGGGCAUGUUUGGAAACUCUCACAAAAUGUACGCUCACUACUUCCUCACACUAAGAGAGGGUAGACCACCAAGAAAAGUACGCAGUCUUGACGACCACAGCAAGUGGAAAACUAAAAAACUUAUUCAAGCUGGACCAAGGACAAUUCCUAACGCACUUUGAUAGCUAAUGUAUGCUUGUUAUAUAUAACAUUGUCAAUUCAGUUCA